ACGUUUUUUGAACGGCGCUCGUGUGUGUCAUAUUUAAGCAGCGUCGAUCAAAAAGUGCGCACAAAUGAUUUUGACGCAGCGAUAAAUACACUACAAGUUUAUCUGACGUAUCACAAUGGCGAAAGGCGUAAAGAAUUACGUUGAAGAAUACAAAAAUGCCGUGGCUGUAGACUUGAAGAAGUAUGACAAGCUGAAAGAUAUGGAUAUCUUCGUUCUGGACAACUCUAUGCGAGAGAGCACGGUUGGUCAACUAAAAGGUCAUUCGAUUGAGAGCAAACGCGCUAUCUUCAACGAGGUUAAGAAAUGUGGCUUCAAGAAUACCAUUAUAGCCUCAUUUUCCCACAUGGCGCGGGUAGAUGAUGUGUGGAUGAAGAUGUUGAUAGAUGAAGGCGAAGAUCCAGAGUAUCUUUGGGCUUUCUCAGAGGUUACCGAAGGUGCCAAAAAGGAUCGCACUCUUAAAGGUCCCAGUCGGACUGCGUAAGAUAAAAGAAGCAGGUGUGCGCAAUGUCUUUUUCGAGCUUGAUCUUGGUGACUCUACGUAUGACUACGACAAGUUUUCAGUUAAAGAGAUGAUACAGUUGACUAAGAAGUGGAUUCAUUGGUGUUACGAUAAUAUUCAUCCUGAUGCAAAAAUUCUUAUCAACAUUCGGGAUAUAGAGGAAGCAAUGGGUUCCUACCCUGAGCGUGUGUGUAAAUUUGUCAAGUCGAUUUCAAAGAUGCCCGCCAAAACUCGUCCAUUCGGUCUUGCGUUCGAAGAGCCUGGAAAGUCUUUGCCUGAAGAGUGCGGACAUUGGGCGAGGAUCAUCCGUAAGAUUAUGGAUGAUAACGACUAUAAAGGACGUCUGCUUGUACACGUACACGAGAAAUUUGGCUAUUGUGAUGCCAUAGCCCUAGAGUGCUUGAUCGGUGGGUGUGAUGGUAUUUGGGCAAGCGUAUGUGGAGAAGGGGCGUCAAUGGGACAAGCAUCCUCAUGUGUCACUCUUUUGAACAUGAUUCGUCUCGGAAACAAAAAGGUGCUAAAACAAUACAACUGCCAGCAUCUCCGAAAAGCUGCCAUAGAAGUGACGAAGAUUUCAACCGGAAAACCUCCACACGAUAAACAACCAGUUUUUGGUAGGAGAGCUCUAGAUUACGUCUUUAGUAUGGGAAAAGACGAAUUUCAUUUGGCCGAUUUCUUUGGUGUUGUAGCUCCGGUUCGAAUCACAACGAUGUCAUCGCCUGAAAUGAUUCGUACGAGAUUGGUGCGCUUGUUUGGCGACGAUCCACAGUUUAACUUAAAGAUCGCAACCCGCAUGAAGGAAAUCAUUCUAGAAGACCUUCGAGCGAGCAAGAGGGUAGAAUACAUGAGUAAGUUUGGAUUGGCUGUUCUGUUUGAUCGAGCCGGUGGGUCUCUCUCUGAGUCAAUGCGUGACGAGAUAACAAAUGGUACCAAGCUAGGACCACAUGUCGAAUAUCUCAUUGGGGAAGUUCGCAAGAUCUGGGAUGAAUUGGAUACUCGUGAGGGAGAAGCUGACAAUAUGCUGAAAUUUGAUUCGUUCUACAAUGGAUUUUUGGCUCAGUAUUUCUCUAAAGGCGGUCCAGAUACUAGAAAAGCAUUGAAGGCUUUGGAUAUGGAUGCUGAUGGGAUGAUAGACUGGAGCGAAUUCCUGGUAUAUCUUACGUGGGCUGCGAACGAGUUCCCCAAAACGGAAACUCCCGAAGAGCUACUGGCGAUUGCCUUCACGGAAGCAAUAAUUCCUGCAAGCAGAGAUGAAAUUCAGACCU